AUGGGUGUCCGCAACCUAUACGAGCCGGAUGCGCGAAGCGAUUCCCGACAUGGCUUGCAAGAACAAGGAAGUGUGCGAUCCGAAUCAGUCAGUUCGUCGCAUGAUUCCGAAGCUAGCAAUGUGCUCGUGCACACCGUGCUCGACUCUAAUCGCCGCGACCUUUUCGCCUCGUAUCCGGCCGUGACAGUACGCUACCCGAUGGAAAGCGUGGACGAGUAUGUGUAUAUUCAGAGGAACGAAGAACUCUUGCUCAAGAUCCGCCCCGACGUCCAGCAUCCGGUGCUUUCCGUUCUCUUUCCGUUGUCUAUGCAGGACCCGGGACUUUUCAAGUGUUUCCUUGUUGGAGCCCAGAGUCUCUACGAAUGGCGUCGCUUCCCUCACCAGGCUAAACCAUCCCAAACCAUGAUGCGGAUGCAGAGCGAAGCCAUCUCAUCCCUACAGAAACGCUUGGCCUUACCCGCAGCUCACAUGGAUGAUGGUCUAGUACUAUCAGUCCUGCAUCUCAUGGUUGCUGAUGCAUGUCUGCGGGAUCUUCCGUCGCUGAAAUCUCAUUUAGGGGGUAUCAGACAGAUCUUAGCCUUGCGCGGAGGCCUCGGUACUUCACCUUCGCACCAGGCAGUGCGCGCCCUUCUCACAACGGUCGAAUUCUAUGUCGCACUCGGUCAAUAUCUUCAGGUCAGUGCCGACGACCUGAUCGCCGUCCCGAGCCAACGCAUCCAGUAUGUUCCUCAUCCAUUUCCACCAGACGUAUGCCGCGACCUUUCAUCGCUUCCUAUCGGCCUUGCCGAAGCCGCCUUGUCCGGACGCAUAAGCGUGCAGUGCAUAAAACUCCUCACUUCGGUCGCACAAUGGGCUCCUUUGAUUGACGAUCCGGAGUCGUCCCCUGAUUCCAAUCUAGAUGCGCAGACCAGGUACUGCCGUCUCUUUUGUGAACCUAGGGAAUUUUCCAGAAACGCUGUUGUCCUCCUCUUGUCCCUCCAACGAGCCGGGCUCACUUCUGGGAUCGAGCACGUCAUUUGUCUGGGGCUGGCAAUUGCGGUCCGUCAUCUGAGCGGAGAGAACCGCACCAACUUCUUUGACCACGCUACACUGGAUGCUGUGAUCAUGAAUGUCAAAGCCGUCGACACCCCAACGGUGCCAGAGUCCGAACUCAUCAUUUGGCUCGCCCUCGUCAUCAACUGGAGAACCCAAUCUGCGGGGCCUCAACCGAUUGCCGACGACCUGCUAGACUAUGUCAUCGACUCUUUUCCGGCGUCACGAACAUGGAAGUCAGUUUCUGUUAUCAGUCGCAAAUUCUUCUGGUUCGAUCGCUUCCAAUCAGAAUGGGAGAAGUGUUGGCAGUGGGGUCUGCAGAGGUAUCGACAGCGUUUCCUUGCCAGCAAGUGA